CGUCUUCGUGUGACGUCCUUCCUCCAGUGUCCAGGGGGGCGAAAAAACGAAGUAUCCUAAUGCUUGUCGGGGAAAUAAAAGUACGCCUAAAGAAGACGCAGUGUGACCGAAAAUGAAGACUGCAUAUCUAUCGUUAGUCAUUUAAAGUUUAGCGUUAAAGGAGACAUUGGAGCUGCUUUUACGUGACUUUGCCUCGAAGCGCACUUCCGUGUUGCGUGCUCACAGAUAUAAAUAACCAUGACUGUGUACGUGGUAUAUUAACUACACAUAAGCGCUGACAGCUCGAUAGAGACGUGGUUUAUUGUAACAACACGUCCUGCAGCCUGGGUCUUUCCCAGGCAUGAAGAGGAAAGCUGAAGCUAUGGGUGCAACUCACAGCUCUGUGUCUUCAGCUGCAGGACCGUCAUUUUCACUUUCACAGGAGGACCUGUUCUCUGCUCCUCUGGAGAUCCUGGAGGAGAUCUUCCUGAAUCUACCUUCCCAUCAGGUGGUUAAGGUUUGUCGGUUGGUGUGCCAUCAGUGGAAAGAAGUUGCUGACAGUGAGUCUCUGUGGAAAGAGAGAUGUCGAAGAGAGGGUAAUCGCCUCCGCGAUGCUUCCAAAAUCCCCAAAGACUGGAGGUUGUUUUACUUCUUGUGCAAGAAGAGAAGAAAUCUUCUCCAGAAUCCAAAAGCAGAAAAUCAAUUUAAGAACUGGCAGAUUCUGGAGAAUGGUGGUGAUAACUGGAAAGUGGAGGGAGUUAUGGUGCCACAUCCGAAUGAGACCAUCCAGAAAAACUUUGUGACGUCUUACGGGAUGUGCAGGAAGUCGCAGCUGAUUGAUUUGAAGGUGGAAGGUUACAACCCAUCGUUUAUGGAUCACUUCCAGCCAAACAUCAAAGUAUCUGAUUGGUAUGCCCCAAGAAGGGAUUGUGGAUGUAAAUAUGAGAUCUGUGUAGAAUUGCUGAAUCAAAGAAAGAAGGUUGUCCGGACAUUUGCUCCCGAGGCCGUUUACUUUGAGCAGUGGACCGACCCGAUAUGGAAUCAGAUGAUACAUGUAUUCCAGAACUAUGGACCAGGAGUGAGGUACGUUCGUUUCACCCACGGAGGAAAAGACACACAGUUCUGGGCAGGAUGGUAUGGAAUUCGUGUCACCGACAGCUGUGUUGAGAUAUGUCCAGCAAUAGACACAUAGAUCUUAGGUAUUCACUGACUGCCUGCUUCCUGCCUCUGCAUAAAAACUGCACCUUCUUUUUGGAAAUUGCACCAAUUGUUGUUUUUCUUUAUGUAAUCUAAAGUCCUUUUACACAACGAAGGAACAUUUUUUCCUGGUAUGAGGCUAUGAUAGCUUGAUGUGCAUCAGUUUUUUUAUGAAGUCAUUUUCAUAACAAGCCCAAUGUCGCACUUUAACAAGACAUACGCGUAGAUUUAUAUUAGCCUAGCAUGCUUUUAUGAUAUACGGUUCGUGAGUUAAAGCAGUGUUGUACAGCAGAACUAAAACAAAAUAUUUGUCUGAACACGAGUGGAAUUGAAAAUACUAUUCUAGAUUAUGUAAAUCUUAGUUUAUAAUAAAUAGUUAAAAGAAAUCUAAUUUAU